CGCAGCAGCAGUCUGAGUGGCUCCGUGAAGAUGGCGGACUGUAUACGUGUUCCUUUGCUUCUGCUUUUGAUGUACAUCUUGUCGUUUGUGCAUCCAAUUCGAGGAGAAAACAACGGUAUCGCCAGACUUGCUGCCAAUGCAGACAACCUACAGAAUCCACCGGGAGGUCUGGUACUCGCUGGGGUGAACCCAGCAGCCGCUGAGAGGAACCAAGGAGCUGGGGCCUCGCUGACUCGGAGGCGCUCUACCGGCUGGAAGUUGGCUGAGGAGGCGGUGUGUAGGGAGGACUUGACCCGGCUUUGCCCCAAACAUUCCUGGAACAACAACCUGGCUGUACUGGAGUGUCUUCAGGACAAGAAAGAGGAAACGGAAAUCGCUGCUGAAUGCAACCAUCUGCUGUGGAACUACAAACUGAACCUGACCACCGACCCAAAGUUUGAGUCUGUAGCCGUGGAGGUCUGCAAGACAACCAUCUCUGAGAUUAAAGAAUGUGCAGCAGAGGAGCUGGGAAAAGGCUACCUGGUGUCCUGCCUGGUAGACCAUCGUAGCAACAUCACUGACUACCAGUGCAACCAGUACAUCACCAAGAUGACCAGCAUCAUCUUCGGCGACUUUAGGCUGAUCUGUGGCUUCAUGGACAAGUGUCAUGACGAUAUCGACGCUCUUCGCUGCGGCAGCAUCAGCACCGGAGAGAAGGACAUCCACUCUCAGGGUGAAGUGAUCGCCUGUCUGGAGAAGGGUCUGGUCCGGGAGGCUGAGGAGCAGCCCGGUGCUCACCACAUCAAGGACGGCUGUAAGAAGGCCAUAAUGAGAGUGGCGGAGCUCUCCUCAGACGACUUCCACCUCGACCGCUACCUUUACUUCGCCUGCAGAGACGAUCGAGAACGCUUCUGUGAAAACACGCUGGCGGGAGAGGGCCGAGUUUACAAAUGUCUCUUCAAUCAUAAGUUUGAGGAAGCCAUGUCUGAGAGGUGCCGUGACGCCCUGACCACCAGGCAGAAGCUGAUUGCUCAGGACUACAAGGUGAGCUACUCGCUGGCUAAAGCCUGCAAGUCGGACCUGAGAAAGUACCGCUGCAGCGUGGACUCCAGCAUGCCCCGAGCUCGAGAGGCUCGUCUGUCCUACCUGCUGCUGUGUCUGGAGUCUGCCGUACAUCGAGGCCGUUUAGUUAGUGGCGAGUGUCAGGGUGAGAUGAUGGAUUACAGACGGAUGCUGAUGGAGGAUUUCUCCAUGAGUCCUGAGAUCGUGCUGCACUGUCGCACUGAGAUAGAGAGUCACUGCUCCGGUUUACACAGGAAAGGACGGACAUUGCACUGUCUGAUGAGGGUUGGACGAGGGGACAUGGGAGCCGUGGAGCCCAACUGUCAGAAAGCGCUUCAGGCACUGAUCCAGGAAGCUGAUCCCGGAGCAGACUAUCGGAUAGACCGUGCACUUAAUGAGGCCUGUGAAUCCGUCAUCCAGACCGCGUGCAAACACAUCCGCAGUGGAGAUCCCAUGAUCCUGUCAUGUCUGAUGGAGCAUCUGUACACCGAGAAGAUGGUGGAGGACUGUGAGCACAGACUGCUGGAGCUGCAGUAUUUCAUUGCCAGAGACUGGAAGUUGGACCCCAUCCUCUAUAAGAAGUGUCAGGGUGAUGCAGCCCGAAUCUGCCACACUCACGGCUGGAACGAGACCAGUGAGAUGAUGCCGCCCGGCGCCGUCUUCUCAUGCCUGUACCGCCAUGCUUAUCGCUCCGUGGAGCAGGGACGCAGGCUCUCUCGGGACUGUAAAGUGGAGGUACAGAGGAUCCUCCACCAGAGGGCGCUGGACGUGAAGCUGGACCCAGAGCUGCAGAGACGCUGCAUGACCGACCUGGGGAAGUGGUGCAGCGAGAAAACUGAGGCUGGCCAGGAGCUGGAGUGUCUGCAGGACCAUCUGGAGGACCUGGUGUCUGACUGCAGAGACGUGGUGGGGAACCUGACGGAGCUGGAGUCAGAGGAUAUUCAGAUUGAGGCGCUGCUGAUGCGAGCUUGUGAACCCGUGAUUCAAGGCUACUGCCACGAGGUGGCAGACAAUCAGAUCGACACCGGUGAUCUGAUGGAGUGUUUGGUCCAGAACAAACACCAGAAGGAGAUGAAUGAGAAAUGUGCAGUGGGAGUCACACACUUCCAGUUGAUUCAGAUCAAAGAUUUCCGCUUCUCCUACAAGUUUAAGACGGCCUGCAAGGAGGACGUCCUCAAACUGUGUCCCAACAUCAAGAAGAAGGUGGACGUUGUCAUUUGCCUCAGCACCACAGUGAGGAACGACACUCUGCAGGACGCCAAGGAGCAGAGAGUGUCCGUCAAAUGUCGUAAACAGCUGCGAGUGGAGGAGGUGGAGAUGUCUGAGGACAUCCGUCUGGAACCAGAGCUGUACGACUCCUGCAAGCAGGAUAUCAACAGGCUGUGUCAGAACGUGGCCUUUGGAAACGCUCAGGUUAUCGAGUGUCUGAAAGAGAACAAGCGCCAGCUGACUCAGCGUUGCCACCAAAGAAUCUUUAAGCUGCAGGAGGUGGAGAUGGCUGAUCCUGAACUGGACUAUCAGCUGAUGAGAGUCUGCAAGCACAUGAUCAGGCGGUUCUGUACGGAGUCAGAGGGGAAGAACGUUCUUCAGUGUCUGAAACAGAAUAAGAACAGUGAGCUUAUGGAUCCUAAAUGCAAACAGAUGAUCACCAAGAGACAAAUCACCCAGAACACAGACUACAGGUUGAACCCGGUUCUGAGGAAGGCCUGUAAAGCCGACAUCCCAAAGUUCUGUCAGCCUGUACUGAACAAGGCCACAGCUGACACCGAGCUGGAGGGUCAGGUCAUCUCCUGCCUCAAACUCAAAUACGCAGACCAGCGUUUGUCUCCUGACUGUGAGGAUCAGAUCCGGGUCAUCCUGCAGGAGUCUGCUCUGGACUACAGGCUGGACCCUCAGCUGCAGAUCCACUGCACACAAGAGAUUUCCAGCCUUUGUCCGGAGGAAGCAGCAGCCCAGGAGCAGACGGGACAGGUGGAGGAGUGUCUGAAAGUCAACCUGCUGAAGAUCAAACAAGAAGGAUGUAAGAAGGAGGUGCUGAAUAUGCUGAAGGAGAGUAAAGCAGACAUCUUUGUUGACCCCGUCCUCCACACAGCCUGUGCUCUGGACAUCAAACACCACUGUGCUGCCAUCCCACCAGGAAAAGGCCGACAGAUGUCGUGUCUGAUGGAGGCUCUGCAGGACAAACGUGUCCGUCUGCAGCCAGAGUGUAAGAAGAGACUUCAGGAUCGAAUCGAAAUGUGGAGCUAUGCUGCGAAGGUGGCUCCUGCUGACGGGUUCUCAGACCUGGCCAUGCAGGUGAUGACAUCACCAUCUAAGAACUACAUCAUGACUGUGAUUGGUGCAGGUGUGGCGCUGCUCUUCCUGGUGGGGAUGCUCUGUGGACGCUUCACCAGGCGGGUCACUCAGGAGCUGAAGGACAGGUGUGCCUAUUGACCGUCCCCCUGAGGGAUCCUCCUGUACAGAACAUCCUGGAUUCCCCUGCAGUUCCCAGCAGAGUGUGUGUGUGUGUGUGUGUGUGAGUGUGAGAGAGAUGUGUGUCAGCUGACUGCGUCUUCGCCGUUCUUAUUGUCCAGAUGGCGAGAAUGUUUGCUUUUCAAGUUUGUGUUAAAAUCCCCGGAGCCCUCGAUUGUCUGAGAUUUUUUUUCUUUUGUUUUUGUUUCUCUGUACAGAUGAAAAUCGGACAGUUUGUUAAUAAUAAUAAAGUCUGCAAGGUUUUUA